CGCCUCGCCUCGCCUCGCCCCCGCCCGCGCUGCACGCCGGGACACGGCCGGUCCUCCCUGCCUCCCUCCCGCCCCCCCGCGCGCCCCGAGCCUGCGCCGCGCCGACAUCCGCGUUGUCCCAAGAUGGAGGCGCGGGGCUCGCGCUGAGCGCGGCCCGGCCCGGCACAGCAGCAGGAGCAGCAGUAGGAACAGGAGGAGGAGACGCGCCCGCCCGGCCCGGCCGCCUCUCCCUCUCCGCCCCGCCAGGCCGCGGCUCCGGCGGCACCUGCAGCAGCGGCGGCGGCGCCUCCUCCUCGCCCGCGGCCCGGCCCCGAGCGCGGCGCGGCCCCCGCAUGAGCCCGGGCGGCGGCGGCGGCGGGAGCGCCCCGGAGCAGCAGCCGCGGCGCCCAGAGUGGUGAAGAAUUAGGAGAAGCUGCAGUUGUUCAGCUGAGUGGAACUAAAUGGGUGACUUCCCUCUGGACCCUCACUUCGCUGUUUUAGGUACAAGAACUGUAGAAGUCCAUUUUGGAAUUUGAAAGAGCAAGAUUGUUCAGCUCUUGAAAGAUAUGCCAUGGAAGUAAUCAGCUGGGGUGGUCCCAGGGCGCUCUGGGCACGAGUAUUGCUGAGUGAUCAUUGGCUGCCACCUGCGUGACAAAGUAAAGGACCAACCCUUCAAUUUAUACCAGUGGAGCCAGAUCACGGGAAACAAUUGACAGAGUUGUUAAGCUUAUGCUUAGCCCAGCGUGAUACAGGACUGGUGUGACAACUCGGUUUUGAUCAGUGACUCAAAAUUGUGAUCACCCUGAUGUCACCGAAUGGCCACAGCUUGUAAAAGAUCACCAGGAGAACCUCACUCUGAGAACAUUGAAACUAGCCGAAUGAAGCGAGCAGCUGCAAAGCAUCUAAUAGAGCGCUACUACCACCAGUUAACCGAGGGCUGUGGAAAUGAAGCCUGCACGAAUGAAUUUUGUGCUUCCUGUCCAACUUUUCUCCGUAUGGAUAACAAUGCAGCAGCCAUUAAGGCCCUCGAGCUUUAUAAGAUUAAUGCAAAACUCUGUGAUCCUCAUCCCUCCAAGAAAGGAACGAGCUCAGCUUACCUAGAAAACAAUUCCAAAGGUGCCCAUAACAAUUCCUGCACUGACAGAAAAAUGAACAAGAGGGAAAUGCAAGGCCCAAGAGAUGACUUUAAAGAUGUGACUUUUCUAACGGAAGACAAGAUAUAUGAAAUUCUUGAACUAUGUCGAGAAAAAGAGGAUUAUUCCCCUUUAAUCCGGGUGAUUGGGAGAGUGUUUUCUAGUGCUGAAGCACUGGUACAGAGUUUCCGAAAAGCCAAACAGCACACCAAGGAGGAGCUCAAGUCCCUUCAGGGAAAGGAUGAAGACAAAGAUGAAGAUGAAAAGGAAAAAGCUGCCUGUUCGGCUGCAGCUAUGGAAGAAGAUUCUGGCGCAUCAUCGUCUUCAUCGUCAAGAAUAGGUGAUAACACACAGGGAGAUAAUAACCUCCAAAAACUAGGCCCAGAUGAAGUGUCUGUAGAUAUUGAAGCAGUCAGACGGGUCUAUGAUAGGUUACUUUCUAAUGAAAAAAUAGAAACUGCCUUUUUAAAUGCACUUGUGUACUUGUCACCUAAUGUGGAAUGUGACUUGACUUACCAUAAUGUGUACUCUCGGGAUCCUAACUAUCUGAAUUUGUUUAUUAUCGUUAUGGAGAAUGGCAAUCUUCAUAGCCCAGAAUAUCUGGAAAUGGCUCUACCGUUGUUUUGCAAAGCAAUGAGCAAACUACCCCUUGCAGCUCAAGCAAAACUGGUCAGAUUGUGGUCGAAGUACAGAGCAGACCAAAUUCGGAGAAUGAUGGAAACAUUUCAGCAGCUUAUUACCUACAAAGUCAUAAGCAACGAGUUCAAUAGUCGUAACCUAGUGAAUGAUGAUGAUGCCGUUGUUGCUGCUUCAAAGUGCUUGAAAAUGGUUUACUAUGCAAAUGUAGUAGGAGGGGAUGUGGAUACAGAUCAUAAUGAAGAGGAAGAUGAGGAGCCCAUCCCUGAAUCAAGUGAACUAACUCUUCAAGAGCUGUUGGGUGAGGAAAGAAGAAAUAAAAAAGGUCCUCGAGUGGACCCACUGGAAACUGAACUUGGUGUUAAAACUAUAGAUUGCAGAAAACCACUUAUCCCUUUUGAAGAAUUUAUUAAUGAACCACUGAAUGAUGUUCUAGAAAUGGACAAGGACUACACUUUCUUCAAAGUAGAAACAGAAAAUAAAUUCUCAUUUAUGACCUGUCCCUUCAUAUUGAAUGCUGUUACCAAGAACCUGGGAUUGUAUUAUGACAAUAGAAUCCGGAUGUACAGUGAAAGACGCAUAACUGUUCUCUACAGCUUAGUUCAAGGACAGCAGCUCAACCCAUAUUUGCGACUUAAAGUGAGACGUGAUCACAUCAUAGACGAUGCGCUUGUCCGGCUAGAGAUGAUUGCCAUGGAAAAUCCUGCAGACUUGAAGAAGCAAUUGUAUGUUGAAUUUGAAGGAGAGCAAGGGGUAGAUGAAGGAGGUGUUUCCAAAGAAUUUUUUCAACUGGUUGUGGAAGAAAUCUUCAAUCCAGAUAUUGGGAUGUUCACAUACGAUGAAUCUACAAAACUCUUCUGGUUUAAUCCGUCCUCUUUUGAAACUGAGGGUCAGUUUACCCUGAUUGGCAUAGUACUGGGUCUGGCUAUUUACAACAACUGUAUACUGGAUGUACAUUUUCCCAUGGUUGUCUACAGGAAGCUAAUGGGCAAAAAAGGAACUUUCCGUGAUCUGGCAGACUCUCAUCCUGUUCUUUACCAGAGCUUGAGAGACUUGCUAGAGUAUGAAGGAAGUGUGGAAGAUGAUAUGAUGAUAACAUUUCAGAUAUCUCACACGGAUCUCUUUGGCAAUCCAAUGAUGCAUGAUUUAAAGGAAAACGGUGAUAAAAUUCCUAUUACAAAUGAAAACAGAAAGGAAUUUGUCAAUCUGUAUGCUGACUACAUACUCAAUAAGUCGGUAGAAAAGCAGUUCAAGGCCUUUCGGAGAGGAUUCCACAUGGUGACCAAUGAAUCUCCUUUGAAAUAUUUAUUUAGACCAGAGGAAAUUGAAUUACUUAUUUGUGGAAGUAGGAAUUUAGAUUUUCAAGCACUAGAAGAAACCACAGAAUAUGAUGGUGGCUAUACAAGAGACUCUCUUAUUAUUAGGGAAUUCUGGGAAAUAGUCCAUUCAUUUACGGAUGAACAGAAAAGACUAUUCUUGCAGUUUACAACAGGCACAGACAGAGCCCCUGUGGGAGGACUUGGAAAGUUAAAGAUGAUCAUAGCCAAAAAUGGCCCAGAUACAGAGAGGUUACCUACAUCUCACACAUGCUUUAAUGUACUUUUGCUUCCGGAGUACUCAAGCAAAGAAAAGCUUAAAGAAAGAUUAUUGAAGGCCAUCACGUAUGCCAAAGGAUUUGGCAUGCUGUAAUAAAUAUAACAAAAGGGAUUAAAAAAUGAUGGUGAUGAUGUCCCUGUCCAAAAAGGCCAUAAGAUAGUGAGCUACAGUAGUCACCUGUGUUUGUGCCUCCCUUCUUUACUGGGGACAUUGGGCUGGAACAGCAGAUUUCAGCUGCUUAUAUGAACAAAAUCUUUAUUUUUUCUUUUAGCGUGAAAGUGUUACAUAUUCUUUCACUUGUAUGUACAGAGAGGUUUUCCUGAAUAUUUAUUUUAAGGGUUAAAUCACUUUUGCUUGUGUUUAUUACUGCUUGAAGUUGAGCCUUUUUGAGUAUUUACAAGAAAACAAACUGUACUCUCCCAAGGAAAAUAUUGCCAUCAUUUGUAGACCAUGUAACCUUCAAGUAUGUGCUAUAUUUUUGUCCCUGUAUCUAAUCAAAUCAAGAACUGUACUUUUUGAGAAGUUUGCUUUUGAAACUUGAAGUCUUGGAAAACAGUGUGAUGCAAUUACUGCUGUUCUAGCCCCCAAAGAGUUUCUGUGCAAAAUCUUAAGAAUCAAUAAAGAUGGAAGGGAGAACUUGGAAUGUUAAAUUGCAGCCUUGAGAACUUUACUUUAGUCACAGCACAACAAUUAAAAUUCAUUUCACUAUAUGUUGUCUUCACAUGUCUUGUAAUAAACUGUGUUUUUAAUUAGGAAACAUUUCUUAGCAUAUGAAAGGAUAGAAAUUUUAGUUACUUUUUUAAAAAAAGAAGUUUACUGGGGAAAGUGCAUUUUCAAUGAACAGCUUUAGAGUAGGGAGUGAAGUGUCUCAAAAAAAAGAUAGGAAGUUUUUGCUAUAUUAUAAAAAAGGCAUGUGGAAGUGCACUUAAAAUGAAGUUUUAUUCUUAAUUGCCUAUUAUGUUGACAUUUUAAAUAGACAAUCCAAAGUCUUCCCUACAUGUUAUGUCAUCAUCAUUUAUUUAAUGAAUCAUUUUUCCUACCUAUCAAGGCACAUGAUCAGUGUUGCGCCAUAAUCUAAAGGGAUGGCUACUGUAUUUUAAUCUCAUCUAACAAUAAGCAAAAUUGAACAAUAUUAAACAUGAGGCCUACUUCAUGUUGUACACUUCCAACCAUUAAACUGUUAGAAAGUAAGUACUAAGGUUAUGUUCAUCUACUACAUAAAGUAUUCAGUAGGUUUUUAAUUUAACUCUACAAAUCAUAUCAGAAAUAAAUCCUUUACCUUUCGUAGUCUGUGUUUAAUGUUAAUUUCUCCUGUUGCAAUAUACGAUGAAGGGAUUAUGCAUUUUUAAGUGGCGACAUAACUGGCAUAUCUCUUUUGCAAUACAAGCUGCAGCGGGUGUGCAGAGCUGAGCUUGUGCCUUGACAAUUGCUAUAACUGGCUACUACCGAUCAAACCCGUGACUGUGUGGAAUUGGCAUUAAGAGGCAUAGUUUUGAAAUCAUUGCAGAAAGAAAAGAUGUCUUUCAGGACUAUUUUAAUAAAUUCUUUCUAGUAAUAGAAACAGACAACUGUUAUGUAACUAUGAUGCUGAAUAAAACAAUUACCUUUUUUCACCACGGUUCAGUGAAAAAGAAAACAAGUGACUUCCUUACUUUGAUAAAUUGGAUAUUAAAUUAUUUGGUUAGAAAAUGUUCUAGUACGGCAUAAUUUGAGGUUCGCAAGUACAGAAACUCCAGAAGCGAACUGUAGCGAUGUGGGGUCCAGCCAUGUUCCCCUGUCAAAUCUAAGCCAAUGCCAGAUGGCCUGGACGUGGGGACUGAAACUUGUUGGGGAGGGCGAGGUGCUGUCUGUCUUCUGGCCUUUGAUCUCAAGGUGGACCUUAGGACAUGCCUUCUUGAAUGUCCACCUUGUUGCAUGUCCCUGAAGAGGAAAACACAACAUAUCCUACCUCUCAGUAGUGUGGCUGACAACAGAUCUUUGCUGAGCCCUUCAGGUCUGGAGCAUCUUUUGCUGUAGGUGGUGAGAACAAGAUUUGCCGAGUGCCUUGAGGUGCUUCGUUACAAGUAUGAGAACAUCUUGAUACUGCUGUGUGGUAUGUACUGCAUCAACAGUCCAAUACUGUAAGCUGUAUCCCUACAACUUGUUUUAUUCUGAUGUGGGUAUGCCCAGCUGACAGGUAUACAUGAUUCAUGUUGGGGUUCUUUAUGUAGGUCUAAAAGCUAUGCAGAUAGCAUAAUUGGAUAGCGACACAAAGGCUUCUAACUGAGUUGUUGACAUUGUAAAUAUGCUUUUUCUGUUUUCCUUUAGCAUUAAGAUUAAAAUAGUGCAUAAUUGUAUUGGCCUUUAAAAGCGUAAGCUGUUUGUCAAGGAGUCAUUUUCAGGUAAGAUACAAAUACUUCAUAUCUGACUGAUUUCUCAUUUAAAUAUAUACUGCCUCCCCCAAAAUACCACUAAGGAGAUAGUUUCGAUAUCUCCUUAGUGGUGUUAUAAAUGUCCAGCAGCAGCAGUUGAUAAAGUUAAAAAUAAGUAAGUCUUGAAGUCUUGUAGCUGCAGGCUGCAUUCCUGCCCUGCAGAAGUACCAGUCAGCCUUUUGUUGCUUGAAAGCGAACAUGCUAUUUUAAGUUUUUUGGGGUUUGUUUUUUUUUGGGGAGGUGGGGGGUGGCGGCUCUAGGCAGACACAAAAUGUCUUGCAUCCUCACUUAGUCCUUCAACAGCAUUUAGCAUAUUUUAGGUCUACGAAGCUUACCUUGGAAACUUAAGUGUACUUAUGUGUCGCUGAAAUAAAUCUCGCGAGUGAGACAGAAGAUUCCUCUUCCAAGGGAGGAGUCUGAUGCCAGUGUGCUGGUGCUCUCUCCACAGGGUGUCCUUAAUACGUUAACAAGAAAACGUGUUGGAUGUCUCAACAUUGCCUCAUUUGACAUGAGAAAUGCCUCUUCAAGUAUCUCCUUCUGCACCCUAAUAGAAAGCUUUUGCUUCUUGCUAAAAAGAUUUCCGGAAUGACCGUCAGGAGUGAGCACAGUUCAGUUAACUAAGGAACAGCAUUUUGUGAAUUUCUGACUUCGUUUGUCUUCCAUUUGGCAGGCAGCAGCCUGAGAAGGGACUGUGGCAGCCAAGGGGACCCCUCCAACCCUGCAAUUUGAGGAAAGCUGAUGCUGGAAUGGGCUGGCAAUAGGCCCAGGGCUCCAAGCAACUCUGUGUUUCAGCAGUCAGUCUGUGCCUCUCACCCAACAGUGGGUUUCACUGCUGAAGCAGGAGCUUCAUACCACAUACAAUAACACGCAGGUGUGAUGGACCUGGUGGGCUGAGCCUCCAGGUAGCCUGCAGUGUGGGCUACCCAGAUGCUUUCCUGGGUUUCUGCUCUGUGGAGCAGGGAGUUGGACACAGGUUUCCACACUGCUGAUGUUCUGCAAGAGGACAACCCCCACAUCAUCAGCUUUAAGGUGUUUCCCUGGCACUGUUGUAGCCAGUUACCUGCAGGUAAAUUUUUAAUCUCACUAGAGGAUUAAAAAUUUCCUGGUUGCCUCAAGAAUUUUCAGGAUGAAGAUGUUUCAGUUGGAUGGAAUGUUGAGUUGUGCCUUAUUUAUUCUGCAGAAAAACUCCAGUGUUUCAGCAUGCAAGAUGGAGCAGGAAUUUCUUCCAAGUUUAACUAUGCAAAAGCAAGCCUUUCCGGACAAGAGUCAAGUUUAUUAUGUUUAAUCUCAGUCACAAGGGUCUGUGAGGUUACCUACACUUCUUGUUUAUACUUAAAAGUUUAAUUAAAGUUGUCACCAAAUUUGUAAGACCA